UGACUCGCAAUGUCCGGAGACAAAAUAUACAGAGAUCUUAGAACGCGAGAUUCAUAUGCCUAAUACAUUUUCAAACAGACCAUAGCUCCGUGGAGUGAAGUAACCAGUAGAGCUACUUUUAAUUAUUUUGGACCUGAACACAAAGAAACAAGCUGUUGGAUGUUUGGAGAGAAAUAUUUAAUAUGACGGCGUAAGGAAUAAAUCCAUACCAACUUUCUGGCGCUGUUCAAAUUCAUCACAAUGCAGUUGCUUUUACUUGCAACGGUGUUUCUCUUUACGCACGACCUCACAGGAGCUGUGCGCUCUGACAAGUGCGCCUCCCGGUGCGAUGUGGGGUCGUGUCCGAGCCCCAGUUGUCCCGACGGCUAUGUCCCGGACAGAUGUAACUGCUGCCUGGUGUGUUCCCCGCGCGAGGGAGACCCAUGCGGCCGCAAAAACGACCUGCCCUGCGGGGAUGGCCUGGAGUGCUCGCUGCUCGCUGCGAGGAGACGGCGAGGCUCCAAGGGGGUCUGCCGGUGUAAGAUGGAGCAUGAAGUGUGUGGAAGCGACGGGAAAACGUACGGUAAUCUGUGCAAGAUGAGAGCAGCAAGCCGUAAAGCUGAGCAGAAGGGGACACCCGCAGUUAGCCAAGCGCACAAAGGACCGUGUUCACUCCCAGGCGCAGGUCGUCCCCUGGUCCAUCCCAGCAGCCCUCGCUACAAGUUCAACUUCAUUGCAGAUGUGGUGGAGAAAAUAGCACCUGCUGUGGUCCACAUUGAACUGUUCAUAAGACAUCCUCUAUUUGGUCGCCAUGUGCGUCUCUCCAGUGGCUCUGGUUUUAUUGUGACCCACUCAGGGGUGAUUGUGACCAACGCUCACGUGGUAACCACACCUGCCACGGCGUCUGGGAGGCCCCAGCUGCGCGUGCAGCUCCACGAUGGCGACGCGUACGAGGCCGCCGUGAGAGACGUUGACAGGAAGGCAGACAUCGCCACAAUCAAGGUCAAUCCUCAGAAGAAGCUUCCUGUGCUGUCUCUGGGCCGUUCAGCUGAUCUGAGACCAGGGGAAUUUGUGGUGGCUAUUGGCAGCCCUUUCGCCCUGCAGAACACCGUCACCACCGGCAUCGUCAGCACCGCUCAGAGAGACGGCAAGGAGCUGGGCAUCAAGGACUCAGACAUGGACUACAUCCAGACUGAUGCUAUUAUUAAUUACGGAAAUUCUGGAGGACCUCUUGUUAACUUGGAUGGUGAGGUGAUAGGCAUCAACACGCUGAAAGUGACAGCAGGGAUCUCCUUUGCUAUACCCUCAGACAGAAUCAGCCGCUUCCUCACAGAGUCACAGACCAAACACAGCAAAGAAAAGACAAGACUGCAAAGAAGACUUGCAGAGGAACUGCAGUCUGAUGCAGAAGUGAAGAGACAUUUUUUAGGCAUCAGGAUGGUUACUAUCACCAAAGGUCUAGUAGCAGAGUUGAAACGUCAGAUUGCAGACUUUCCUGAGGUCAGCAGUGGAGUGUUGGUGCAACAGGUCAUAGCUGACACGCCAGCACAAAAAGGAGGAAUUAAGGAAGGGGACAUUAUAGUCAAACUAAAUGGACAACCAGUCCAGACCACUGAAGACAUCCGUGAGGUGUUGCAACAUGACCAGCCUCUCCUGCUUGAGAUUCGCCGCGGCAAUGAUGACCUACUGUUCAACAUCUACCCUCAAGUUAUAGCACAUUGAAGAACAGGACAGUUUAUUUGUUUUAGGUGUGAACAAAUGUUGGGCAGGACUCAGUAUAGUGGCAUUAAAAUUCAAUAUGGCCAUGGGCAACAUACUGCAAGGAAUUAUGAACAAGCCAUAUAUGGAAAUAUGAACUGAUCUGUGUUUUCAGUUAUGAUUUCUGGUAAAAUGAGAAAAAUAAAACAGCAUUUGCUGUCAAUGUUUACCAGUCUGAUGAUGUAUAUUUUCUUUGAUGGAUAUUGAUCAGUAGAAUUUUUGGGGUGUUUUUGAUCACACAGACUCUGCUCGAUAAAUACAGUAAUUUAUUACAAUACUCAAAAUACUGCAGAGGAAAAUGUGUUGCACUACAGACUGUGUAAAGCUCAAAGAAUUUCAGAAUAAAAGCUUCCAAACAA